UCAGUCCAGUCAGUGAGUAGAGUCUCUCAGAGGUAGCAGAGGAGAGAGGGACACACACGGAGCCUGGCAACUAAUGGAUUACUCUCAGACUGUUGUGAACUACACAGCAGCCAAAUGCCAUCAACCACAAGGCAAAUACAGUACAGAUAUAUUGACACAUAUUUAACUACAGCCUAUAACACCCUACAAGCUCUGAACACAUUUAGAUCACACAACAUUUGAGACAGACAGUUCUAACACUGGUCUCUUCAUCUAUAUUAGCGUAAACAGACAAACUGAUUCAAUGAUCCCUCACACAAAAACAGAGACAAUGGACAUGCAUGGACUUCACUGUUGAAUCAAAGGGACAAAGAUGUGAAUUUUGGUGCGGAUUUGGACACCUUUGUGAAACAUCAAUGAAGAGGAUCACAAGCAAAAGGACACUCAGAGAGAGGACAGGACACGGGUGAGUAGGAUGACCAUGCACUGACAGAAAGGCAUGGAAAGUAUCUCAGAGAAAACGGGUUGGGAUGGAUUAGGCCACUCCUCUCUGACAUCCGCGACGGCAGGAAGAAACAACCUCACUUCCUCCCUCUUCUCCGACUUCACGUCCCUCAACAGUUCUCAUGGAGGCGCAGGGUCCUACUAUUGGAUUAUCCCAGAGAACGUCUCAACCACCACGCCCCAAGCCUUACCCCAGCCCAGGGUGAGGGAUCUGGGCCUUGCCCGGGCCGAGAUAGGGGUGCUGGGCCUGGUGCUGGCCCUGACUACCCUGGGAAACGGCUUUGUACUGUGGGUGCUGCUCCGCAGGAGGAAACAGAACGCUCCCAUGCACCUGUUCAUGGUCAACCUGUGUCUUGCUGACCUGGUGGUGGCGCUGUUCCAGGUACUUCCCCAGCUGGUGUGGGACAUCACAGAAAGGUUCCAGGGGCCAGAUUUUCUGUGUCGCUCAGUAAAGUACCUGCAGAUCGUAGGGAUGUUCGCGUCCUCCUAUAUGAUCGUUGCCAUGACGGUAGAUCGGCACUAUGCCAUCUGCUGCCCACUGCAAGCCUACCGUGGUGGGUCCGUGUCGCGCUGGAACACCCCUAUCUUGACGGCCUGGGGCCUGGCCCUACUGCUCUCCAUACCACAGUUCUUCAUUUUCUCGCGGUCGGAGGUGUCUCCAGGAGAGUUUGAGUGCUGGGGUCACUUCGCUGAGCCGUGGGGGCUCAAGGCCUACAUCACCUGGAUGACCCUAGCAGUGUUCUUACUGCCAGCACUAAUCAUCACCGUCUGCCAGAUCCGGAUCUUCAGAGAGAUUCACAACAACAUCUAUCUGAAGUCAGAGAGGAUGGUGUCAGCAGAGCUCAAGAAGAACAAUGCUGUCAUCUUCCGCUUCCACAGAGUCAAAAAGGAGGACGGUAGAAUGACAAGGGAUGAGCGAAGGGGCUCCAGUACAGCUGGAGUUCCCAGAUCACAUGACUCCCAUGGCCCAGUCACCUCUGGCGGAUGUAGUGGUGGUUCAGUGCCUCCUAACAAUGGUGGCUGCUACUGCCAUGAGUCCUACACCUCCUUCGAGCUCCCCUCCUCCACCCGGCAUGUCCCCUCUCCACGCCCCUCCCUGGAGUACCCUCCCCCACCCCCCCUGGCCCUGACGCCCCCCUCCAUCUCCAAAGCCAUGUCUAAGACGGUGAGGAUGACUUUGGUGAUAGUGUUGGUGUACACAGUCUGCUGGUCCCCCUUCUUCAUCGUCCAGCUUUGGGCCGCCUGGGAUCCCAACCCUCCAGACCAAGGCGUGGCGUUCACCAUCCUGAUGCUGCUGGCCAGUCUGAAUUCAUGUACCAACCCCUGGAUCUACACCUUCUUCAGCAGCUCUGUGUCCAGGGAGCUGCAGGCCCUCCUACGCUGCAGACACAGAGCCUCCCGCAGGGGCUCCGUACCUGACGACUCCACCACCACACACACCUCCACCACCACACACACCUCCACCACCAAGGACAGCCUCUACUGACACACACACGUACAGUACCAGUCAAAAGUUUGGACACACCGACUCAUU